AUGAUGAGCUUCGACGGCGGCACGGCCUAUGCCGAGUCCGACGCUGAUGACGAGUACGAGCGAAGCAUGGGCGACCACUCUCCUGUUGCCGAUUCCGAAGCCUCACCCAUCGAAUCCGAGUUAUCGACUUCCGCAGAGCAUACGCCCACCACCUACGGACAUCGCAGCAGUGCUGACCGAUUGCCUGAAACCAUCAUCACCGAAUGGAAUGCCGACGAAUGUGCCGACUUCAUCUCCACCAUUGGCCUGCCGCAGUAUGCCGAUGCCUUUGUUGCUGCCGAUGCCGAAGCUCAGUACGCUACAGCAACUCUCAAGGACAUCAAGCACCUUGUCGAACAGCUGCGAUUACGAGACGAGCGAAUGAACUUGUUGGAACAAGACUUGCGACGCAUGACGGAUGAUUUCAGACGACUCAGGGAAGAUAUGCUGCCGGCUCUCCGCCUUGUCAAAGACCAGCAGACUCCGCUGCCAAACCUCAGUGGCGGCACCCUGGGACAAGGGUUUCCAUACGAAGCCACGAUAUCUCCUCCUGCACCUACGCCGCCACCAGGCUCUGGCCCUGGAGGCGUCAAACGACAGUACUCACAACGAAAAAUCCUCAUAGGCACAACGCCCAAGAACGCUUCACCUACUCAAGUAGCCCACGACAGGUCAAUUGCUGAACAAACGCUGGAUCCUUCCAGCGCCGCCGAACGGGCCGUCCUGUCGUCGUCACAUCUUGCGGCAAUGAACGGACAGACAUCGUCGGCGCAUCCCUCGCCAAAUAUGCCUUCUCCAACAUCACCACAAAACUAUUCUAGCAGCCCUACUUUGGGGGCACGAUCCUAUCGAGGGGAAACGUCUGCACCAUCGAAUCGAUCCACAAUGAAUGAUGCGGACCAUGGCAUGUACAUGUCCAGGGACAAAGGUGUUAUCCCCCCGGGUCCACCUAGACGCCGCGAGACCCCUGUUCCCGAUACCCCGACGCCCAAUUCGAAUGGAUCUUCUGUGGAAAUAUUCAAAUCUUUUCGAGUCAGCAUGGAUGAUCCGUGCUACAAGGUACUCCCGGCAGCGCUCAAAAAGUAUCAAAUCAACGCACCCUGGGACCAAUACGCCUUGUACAUCGUGUACGGUGACCAAGAGCGGUGUCUUGGCAUGGAGGAGAAACCUCUGAUUUUGUUUAAGCAACUUGACAAAGAAGGCAAGAAGCCCAUGUUUAUGCUCCGGAAAACCACAAACGCCCAAGUUGAUAGCGAACCUGGUAGCGCUGGCAUAGCCAAUGCAGCCAGAGGGGCAUCCACUGGCUAUGAUCCGCCUGGAGGCAUUAUAUGA